AUGGCUUUCAACGGGAACAGUCAACGACGGUAUGGGCAUGUACCUCCAGCGCAAUAUGGACACCCAGGAGCUCAAGCCCUAAAUAAUCCGCCUCAAGGCUUGGGCUUGCACCGGCAGUCAAGUUUUGACAAUGGCGAUGAUGCGGCGUUCUUCGAUCCAAACGGGAAUAGAUAUCAGAAUGGCCCACCUCCGAUUCUAGAACGAACUCCCAUGCCACAGGAGGAGAUGUUCAUAAGCAGUCCAACAGCCCACCCAUACAGCCCUCAGUCGCCAAGCCAAAGCACUUUUGGGGGCCCGGCGUUGUCAGGAUAUCAACAUCAGUACCAACCUUUCCCCGCUAGCGCUCAGUCUCCCCCUCUGCCGCAGAUGCCUUACAACCCCCAGCAUUUUGCUCGAACUCAAUCCCAGUCGCAGCCAAAUCAGUAUCGACCACAACCUGCCUACACUCCACCGACGCCGACAGCUCAUCAGCCAUAUAAUCCGGCCCUGUACCAGGCUUCCCAGCAACAGCCUCUGCGGCAACAGUCGGUCUCUAGCUACAAUCCUUAUGCGCAAACAUACAAUUCUGCGGCCAUGCCGCAAGUGCCCCAGUCUCCAUCGUUUUGGCCCCAGACUACUCCGCAGUAUGGAGCUCCUCCAGUACCUUCACGACCAAUUUACGAACAGCACCCCUCCAACCCGGUAUACACUCCGUCUAGUUCGGCCCCUCUGCCACCCCGCCAGCCUUUGUACAAUCAACUAGGUGUAUCCUCUGCUCCGUACCCCACGAAUGGAGGAGAUAACUAUAACCAAAACGAGUACAGGACACCAACUGCAACGCAAGCAUCGUAUCCAGAUUAUUCGGCUUAUGUGCAAUCGCAGCCAUCUCAACCUGCUUACAACGAAGAUCUCACCUCAUUUGCAAAUAGAACAAAAGUUUCCUCCAGCCAUUCAACUCCCGCGUAUUCAGAGCCUCCGUUGUCCCAGAGCACCUCAGCCAGCGGUGGACUGCAACGACAUCCUACGCUAAGGCCCUUGCCGAAUGCACCAAUUGAUGAUGUUGGCGAUGUUGACGAUUGGAGGAUGAGUGAGCAUAGCAAUGCAGAAGAAGGCUUAUCACAAGAACAACUUUUUGCAGACAUCGGGGAUGCCCUUGGAGCGUCGGGCUCGUCAAGGCAUGGUCGACCGCAAGGGAUGGAUCAACACAAUGGAGAUCUGCUUGAUAGCGAACUCCAAGACCUUCAUCGCUACAACUCUAGGGCUACCACAGUUGGUGGACAAGCAGGUGUUGAACGAUAUGCGUCAACAGCCACGACGGUAAACGAGAACAGUCUGGAGACGACCCACGAUGAUUACGACGACGAUGGCGAUGAGAGCGAUAUUGAAGCUGCAGCUGGCCUUGAAGCCAUGCGAAUUGCAGAGGAACAGGAUGCUCGCGGAGGCACCGGAGCAUUAAGUUUUAGCGGAGGCUACGAAGGUGGACAUUCUACACAGCACCAGUCACAGGGAGAGAGUAGUGACAGUGACUACAAGCACAUGGAUUUGGGCCUAAUUGGCGGUGGGUACGAGGCUCACAUGUCGUAUGGCGACGAUCUUGGAGGCUUGAAUACGGAGCACAGCAGCGAGAUGGAGGACCAGAGUCGACCAUUGCCAACAGCACAUGAUCUUGGAAGAGAGCGAUCCGACAGUUAUAGCCGGACACCAGCUGCCGGGCUCGGAGGCAUGACGGACUACUCGAUUCCCGGAGUUGGCGAUAUCCACCCAUUUCCCGCUUUCGAGGCUGCCAGAGUCGACACCUUUGGCACCGGUGGACUGCAAAGACCAACAUCUCAAUCACACCGUCUCAGUUUUGAUGAGGGUGAUGAGCAAGUUUUGCUACACUCCCGAUUAUCCGAAUCAAGACUCAGUGGUAGAUCUGGGAGCGAUAGUCCAUCAAGAGACGACAUGCCGGAGUUGUUCUACCAUCCUGGCAUGAGUUCCGCAUCUUCUUACAACCGGCCUCUUCCUGCUGUGCCAGCACCAUUGUCUGAGAACUGGACGCCUCAGCUCUUGCCUGCUGGGAGCUAUAGAGGUGCACAUCAACAUUCUCAUUCAUAUUCAUCAAGCACCGAAGCAGCCCGACCAUCAUACCCUCCAGUUGGCCCCGACGCUUAUCCACCACAAAAUAUGCUCAGUCCUGGUGGCCAAUAUGUUCCCAGGUCCUCUUCUUUAUCGAGUCAUAGCAGUACACCUCAUGCUGUACCCCCAGUCAGAUCAAAGACCGAUGCCGAGGAACGCCAAGCAAGGCAGAAAGCGGCUAGAAUGGGCAUUCGUUCUGCAAGUGGCCUUGAUGGAUAUGACAUGGGAGGCACUCCACAGUCUGGAAUUUCUCUGGAUCUUCCCGCAUUGCCAGCCGGCAGACGAAAGAAGUUUUCUCCUUCAAGGCUAGCAACAUCGGAUCACAACAAAUGCACCGAACCGUGGGCUCUGAGUGGAAUUGCUUCCUGGAUACGGGAAAUGGCUGGUGGCGACACUGGGGAAGGAGAGUCGGAUCUUCGGCAAAAGACCAUAGAGGAUGGACUUGUGGCUUUGUUUACGCACAAAGUGCCAACCAUGAAUGCCGCUGAUGCUGAGACACUGAGCCAGAGAGUGGUCAAGUCCAUGUUCGAUGCAGGUAUUCUAAUUCCAGAGGAAGAAUGGGUGAAAUUUGGCCAGGGUACGAUAUCUGGAGUCCUUUGGCAAUUGACUGGAUCCGGUUGCUAUUCUCCGAAGGUGCAUGAACACGAGAUACACGGACGUUGCUACUCCCACCACUGUACGCGGACUUUGAAGAAAAUCAACCUCCAAACACAUAUGUUAGAGCCGUCUCGGAAAUCGGAAGAUUGGGUGACCUUCUUCAAAUUAACAAAAGAGCUACUUGAAGGGGCCAACAAGAAGGAAAUCCUGCGUCAGAACAAUCUGCAUGAGAUUGUGAUGUCCGAAGAUCUCUACAUGGAUCAGAUCAACGUCCUUCGGGUGCUCUACAGAGACGAUUUAGCAUCAUGGCAGCCACCCAUCAUUGGCAAAACUAAGAUCGCAAAAUUCAUAGCUUCCGUGUUCGGGAAGGUCGAGGCCAUUAAAGAAGUCAAUGAAAAUUAUCUCCUUGCCCAGUUGAAAUAUCGACAAAAAGAACAAGGCCCAUGGAUCAUAGGAUUCAGUGACAUAUUCCGGGAGUGGAUUAGGAAGGCGAGAACUGCAUACAUAGAAUAUGCUGCUGGCUUCCCCUAUGCGACAUAUUUAGUGCGGAAAGAGGCGGACAGGAAUUUGCUCUUCCGGCAAUUUCUUGACCAGGCCCGAGAUAACAAGCUCUCUGGCCGCUUGGAUUGGAAUACGUACCUCAAAGCACCCAUUACUCGACUUCAACGUUACACCCUGCUGCUCGGGACCGUGUUAAGCAACAUGACUCAAGAUACCGAAGAAAAGUCCACUCUGGCUACAGCUAUUGAGGAGAUCAAGGCAGUCACCCUUGAAUGUGACGCAAAGGUGGAUGAGCAGUCGAAGAAAGUGGAGAUGAUUGAGCUGCAAUCCAAACUUCUCCUCCGACCUGGAAUGGAGCGUGUUGAGCUCAAUCUUGACCAUUUGGGACGAGAACUCAUAUUCAAGGGAGAUCUUCAACGGGCUGGUGCAAACAGAUUCACAUGGCUAGAGACUCACGCCAUUCUAUUUGACCACUAUUUGGUUCUGGCCAAGACUGUUACCAAACCAGACAGUGGAGCUGGUGGACGCAAGAAGGAAGUUUAUGAUGUGUCGAAGCUGCCAAUUCCAAUGCAGCUCCUAGUCCUAGAGAGCACCAACGAUGACCCAGUCCAAAAAUCGUCCGUGAAAGGUAUCGGAGCAGUUACUACCGUCACCAAGUCCUCAUCAAGCACAGCCUUGGACCCAAGAAUAAGUCGCACGGCCACGAAUGGCCUUGAGAGGUCGAAUACUCUGGAGCAUACCAAUUCGAAUAACUCGGUAGCAACGAUUUCAUCAACUACGAAGCUUGCGCCGAGUGCCACAAAUGAUGCCGACGCCAGAUCUAUGUUUCCCUUUCGAGUUAAGCAUCUCGGUAAGACGGAGGUCUAUACUUUGUAUGCCCCUACUGCGCAAAAUCGACAAGACUGGUGUGACAAGAUACUCGAAGCCAAGACCCGGCACGCAGCGUCUCUGUUUGAGCAAAACGCUGAGCCCUUCCGAUUACGUGUCAUGGCAGACACCGCUUUCGCUUACGAUGUCAUGUCUGCUGUUUCUCAACGGAAUAUCGUGUCUGUCAGAGGGACACCAUUGGAUCGAUCAAUCCGAGAGAUGGAGAAAACUUACGCUGCUGGACCUCGGCCUGGACCUGUCUGCAGAGCUCAAGUAAAUUGCGCGACAGCUUUCAAUUGUUAUGGGAGGUCGAUGGUUGCCAUUGGGACUGAUUACGGGGUUUACACUUCCGAGGCAGAUAAUCCUAGAGGCUGGACUAGAUCUAUUCAAAUGUCUCGGGUGACGCAAAUAGCGGUUCUUGAGGAGUUCUCACUUUGCCUAAUUAUCGCCGACAAAGCCCUGAUAGCGUACCAUCUUGAUGUAAUUGUACCGAUUUCCAACUUCCCAGCACCACACCAUGACUCAGCUCGUCGUGCACCACAAAAGCUAUCCGGAACGCGCGAUGUUUCCUUCUUCGCCACGGCAAAGAUGAAGGAUCGGACUCUUGUUUUCUACAAGAAACGGGAAGGCCUGCACUCAACCUUCAAAGUCCUGGAACCCGUUUUCCAAAAAUCUACAGAGAAGAAGUCCCGCCUCUUUGGCAAGAAAUUCGGUGGCGGCAAUACAGAGUUCUUCCGGGAAUUCGACGAGUUCUACAUCCCCACUGAAUGCUUCACAAUCAAUCUUUUCCACACCUACAUUGCCAUCUCGACACUGAAAGGCUUCGAGCUUAUGACUUUGGACAAGAAGGUUCCUAUGAGUAUUCCUGAUACGAAGAAUCCAGCAAUUGGCAAUAUUGCGUAUCGCCUCAACGGCCAGAAGCCACUCGGCAUGUUCCGCCUAUCCGACGCCGAGUUUCUCCUCUGCUACGAAGAAUGCGGUGUUUAUGUUGACAAGCACGGCGAGGUCUCUCGUUCUGUGAUCAUGGAGUUUGUCGGCAAAGCCAAGACGGCGGCCAUGUACGGCGCCUAUCUCGUCCUCUUCGACAGCGACUUUGUCGAGGUCAGAAAUGCCGAGAAUGGGCGACUGAGGCAAGUCAUUGCUGGGAGGGAUGUAAGAUGUUUGGACUAUGGUAUCAAUCCUCUCGGAGCAGGAGGAGCGACAAGUCAUAUGACUCCCACAGGUUUCGCAGGGGCUGCGGAAAAGAGGACGCUGAAGCUUGCGAUGGCGCAUCCAGAAAUCGCUGGGAGCCAGAUUGUGCUGGAGAUGGUGCUUAAUGAAGGCCAUUCGGAGUGA